AUGGGUGAGGUUGAAAGUGGUAAGGGAUUGAAUCAAAAACUUGGUCUUGCUAGAGCUGCCAAUACUCGGUGGGGUUCAUAUUACAAAUCUUUUAAGAACUUCAUUAGUAUGUUUGGCUCUAUUACUGAUGUUCUUGAUACUAUUGUUGUUGAUUUUGAAUCUGUUGAAGAAAAAGCUAAGGCAACCGAAUAUCUUAAAGUUUGUCAAACAUUUGAGAUUGCUUUCAUAUUGCAUUUAAUGAGAGAUAUUUUAGCGAUCACAAAUGAGCUUAAUGAGUCUUUACAAAAGAAAGAACAAGAUAUUGCAAAUGCCAUUCUACUUGUUAAAGUGGUGAAGAAACGAUUGCAAGAUUUAAGGAAUGAAGGAUGGGAUUCAUUUGUCGAGAAUGUGUCUGCAUUUUGUGUCAAGUAUGAUAUUUUGAUACCUAAUUUUGAUGAGUUCUAUGUUAAUUUUGGAAGAUCUCGACGUAAAGUUGCUGAGUAUACUAUUUCACAUCACUAUCGUGUGGAAGUAUUUUUUAAGAUUAUUGAUUGGCAGCUUCAAGAACUCAAUGAUCGUUUUAAUGAGGUUAGAACAGAUUUGCUUAUUGGAGUUGCUUGCUUGAAUCCAGUUGACUAA